AUGGGUUGUGAGAGGACGCCGCUGGCCGUUGCUCUGGCACUGGCCCUGCUCCUGGGCCUCGCCCACGGCGACGUGGUGCAGUUCAUCUUCGGCGACUCGCUGUCGGACGUGGGCAACAACAACUACCUGACCAAGAGCCUCGCGCGCGCGGCGCUGCCGUGGUACGGCAUCGACUUCGGCAGCGGCAUGCCCAACGGCAGGUUCUGCAACGGCCGCACCGUCGCGGACAUCAUCGGCGACAAGAUGGGCCUCCCGCGCCCGCCCGCGUUCCUGGACCCGUCCGUGGACGAGACCGUCAUCGCCAAGAGCGGCCUCAACUACGCGUCCGGCGGCGGCGGCAUCCUCAACGAGACCUCGUCCCUCUUCAUCCAGAGGUUCUCGCUGUACAAGCAGAUCGAGCUGUUCCAGGGGACGCAGGCGUUCAUGCGGGAGAAGAUCGGGCGGGCGGCGGCGGACAAGCUGUUCGGCGAGGCCUACUACGUGGUGGCCAUGGGCGCCAACGACUUCAUCAACAACUACCUGCUCCCCGUCUACUCCGACUCGUGGACCUACAACGGCGACACCUUCGUCAAGUACAUGGAGUCCACCAACAAGCUCGCCCUCAGCUUCAACAAGCAGGCCGGCGCGGUGAUCAGGGAGCUGGCGGCGUCGCUGCCCAACGCCACGUUCCAGUUCGGAGACGUCUACGACUACUUCCAGGACAUCAUCGACCGCCCCUACAUGCACGGCUUCAACAACUCCCACGCGCCCUGCUGCACGCUCGGCAAGGUGCGGCCGACCCUGACGUGCACCCCGCUCUCCACGCUCUGCAAGGACCGCAGCAAGUACGUGUUCUGGGACGAGUACCACCCCACCGACAGGGCCAACGAGCUCAUCGCGCUCGAGACGCUCAAGCGGCUCAACAUCACCGUCGUUGCCAACACCACCUCCAGCUAG